GAGCUUAGAGGCGGUAUAUGACUAAAAUAACAUAUCUACAUGCCUUGACUCUGAUCUCGAUCUCAGUGUGGGAAAGAUCUUGUAUUCGAUACCGAUUAUCAACCGUACAUCAGUAACGAAUUUUCUAAAAGUUCCUCGACAGACAAAACUUCCGAUUUUGAAUAACCUCAAACCCAUUAGCUAUUUGGACGCGGCUCUACCAUAAAUUUCUAGUAAGGAUGUUCACAAGGCAUAUGAAGAUCUCUGUUCGAUAAGUAUCAUAUAAUCUAGCUAACAAAGACCAACAUUUCUAACAGAACUGGCAACUCUAUAGGAAAUUCUCGGUUAAGUUUAAAGAAUAACAAAGAGCGCAGCUUGUCUAUUUCUUAAAAAACCGGUUUCAGAUGAAUACUCUUAUCUACACACUCCCUUAAGUAUAUUUGCUCCCACAACGUUAGCCGCCGCAGAAGCCAACAUGCUCCGUACGCGAAGAUUUGUUUCACUUGUCUCGCUACUGCCGUAAGCUUUGGUUCGUUGCUCGUUUAAGACCGCUAAACGUAACAGUAAAAGUUAAAAACUUUUAAAUAAAGUUUUAUUAUUAGUGCCUAUAUAAAAUAAUGGUAAACAUGUUGAAAAAAAUUUGCUACCUGUCGGUCUUCUUACUAGUGUCCAUUUUCUGCCUAACCCAGGCAAAGCCGCCAGAAGUGGUGUUGUAUGAGGGCGAUGAGUGCGUUACAAACAGUUAUGAUGGCACCUGUUUGGUGGAGAAGCAAUGCCCGCAUUUAGAGGCUACGAUGACUAGAAAAGGUCUACUAGCCAGAGAUGUGGGUCACUGCGGCUAUACGGUAUACGAGGAAAUCAUUUGUUGUCCUUCAAACAAUCCGGAGCGCCCAAUAUACAAUAAAUAUUUUGCACCAGUGAUUAUUCAACAAUCAGUAACAGUAAUUAUUACCUCGACUGCGUUCAUACAAACGGAAAAAAUCGGCGAUGACUUGAUAUUCAGCCAGCUCAAUCUGACACUGCUCAAUUAGAAUUAUAAUCACAUAUUAUAUAUUAUAUUAUUAAGUAUAAGCCUAGAUAUAUAUAUAUAUAUAUACAACCACAUACAUACGUGCGUAUUUGCAUAUUAGCAUGAAUACAUAUUCGAUUGUAAUAUCUCAUAAUAGACUGCAAUAAAUUCAUUGCAAUACAACAAAAAAAAAUAAACGAAAAAUUCUCAUGAAAUUUAAUCAGUGUUAAAUAUACGUUUAGCACCUCGCUAUAUAAGCUUUAAACAUACACACACAUUUAUUUUAAAAGAAAUUUGUACUUAUAAAAAUUAUAGUUUUCGCUUGCUUUUGCGUGAUGCGAAUGAA